UCAUACACAGUGACACACCAAUAGGGCUAGUCAUACACAGUGACACACCAAUAGGGCUAGUCAUACACAGUGACACACACACAUAGAGGUAAACACGUGCUGAUGUGUAGACGCCACCACCCCCCUCCCCACCACCACCACCACCGCACUCGUCACGGGGCUCAGUCGCAGCUCGUCAAGCCGGGGGAGAUGCCGGGGCUGGCCGCGUGUCUCACGCAGCUCCUCGCUGAGAAAUCAUUCCUGACAUUCAACUCUUCUUAUUCUUCCUCCUCCUCAUCCUCCUCUUCUUCUUCGUCUCAAAUCAUGGGAGCCAUCAUCAUCAUCUCCUUCUUCUUCCCACCGGCUCCACAUUCUGCACGGGGACCGUCCGACUCGUCUUUCUCUUCAUACGCGGGGGCGAUGCCCUGCAGCGACGCAGAUGGCCGUGCCAGCAGCAAACGCCCGUCGCUGCGCUGCUUGAACCCCGAGUAAAAACUCUUUGACUCACCGCCCCUGCGACCGUUCGCCGUUAGGAGCGCACGAACAUGGUUCCCGACGAGCACGUUCGCCCAAGAAAUGCGCUUGCAACCGCAAGCCCGUCGCUGAAGUUUCUGUGGCUGCCCUUCACUAAUCGCCGUCAAAUUGGGAAAUUACAAAAGUGAAAAAAAUAAACAUUACCCGCCCACUCCCCCCCCCCCCCUCUCCCUCCGCCCAAAAACAACAACAAUAGUAGUAGUUGUUAUUAUUAUUUAAAGACAACGAGAAAGCGAGAACUGGCAGACGCGAUGGAUUUUCCUGCGUGCGAAGAGACGGAGGCCGCGCUCGAUAUGAGCCUCGGUGGGUUCCGCCGCGAGGCUGCCCUGCGUGCCGCCGAAUUGAGCGCCGUCGCGGAUACCACCAACGGCGGCGGAGGAGGAGGCGGCUGCGGUGGCGGCGGCGGCGGCAGCAACGGCACCGGCGGCGGCGGUGGCGGCGGCGGCGGCGGCGGCGCGUUCCACGGGCGCGCGUACAUGCACAUGAUGUCGGAGUGCGCUGACGAGGAGUGCGCCGAGGCUGCCGUGCCGCACGUAAAGCCGAGGGCUGAAGGGCCCGCGAAGCAGAUGAGAGGCGGCGUGGGCACCAGGUGCGAUUGCGAACACGGCGAUCGCAGCAGGAGGCAGGAGGAGGGCAGGCCGUCGCGCGAAGCCGCCGGUGGCUCCGACCCGAGGGACGCUUCGCCCUCGUCUGUCCUGCGCGUCAAAAACUGCAGUGCCGGCGAGACGCCCAACAGCCUCGUGUACUUGGAGCCGGGAAGCGCCCGCGAGGCGAGAGACGCUACCUUCGAGGCGCCGUCUCGGAGCAAGCAAGGCGGCGCGCCCUGCGGCAAGCGCACGUCGAGGAAAGGAUCCCCGCAGAAGCAUCGGGCCGGCCUCCUCAAGGUUGCCGGAUCGCGGAGGGAGUUUGCGGCGGUCCUGCCGCUCCCGCCACCGCAGGACCUGUGCUCGGCGUUACCGGCCAUCGAGGCGAUGCCUUCGUCCCGAGAGACCGGUUCACUUCCCGGCACGGACAGCCCUGCCAUCGGCUCGUCGCCGUCUUGGGGCGGCGGCUGCUGUUUGGCGGACGUGCAGCCGCUGGCCUCCAGGACGCAGCAGGAUGGCGAUGGCUGCUUCGAUGAAGAAGGCAGCGCCCUGCGCUCUGCCAAGAAGAAGGGCCGCCCACCCAAGCUGACCGCGAUCGAGAGUGAGGCGUGUGGCGGCGGCGGCGGCGGCGGUGACGGCGAAGGCGGUGGUCCUGACGAUAACUCGUGGUCGGAGCCGCCUGUGCUCACGCCCAUAGGUGGCGGCGGAUGCGGUGGCGGCGGUGAAGGCGAUGGAGGGAGGCUCGGCCGUGCCGCCAAGCGCUCGUUGCCGCGGCGGGAACGCAGUGGACGUUCGGAGCGGCUGCCCAGGACCCCGGUGGCCGGUGCCAAGAAGAAGCGCAGGAGGUCGGAGACGCGGUCGCCGUGCCGGACGAAAGUGAGCGACCCGUGCAGGAAGAGUAGCCUGGGCAGGGCGUACUUCAGCAACAGGAAAGUGAAGUGUCUGCUGAAGGAGUCGUACGUCAUGGGAAACGAUGCGUUUGAGAAGACGAGGCGCGGGCGUCCGACCAAGAUGCACGUGGAGCCGGUGGAGCACAGGGCCCUGGGAGAGAGAAGCGUGCAGCUCAGGUAUGUGUCGCAAAUGAAGAGCGCGUCGGAGAGGCAUGUGACGCUGGGCUCGUGUAACCCCUCGGUUCUCAGUAGCCCACUGCACACCACUGCUUUGGGACUGACGGUUCGAGUGCCUUUAAAGAGGGGCCCUGGUCGGCCCAGAAAACUGCUCCAUUUAAAAGCUCACGCUGGACUUCCGGUUAAAAUGGACGCCAAUUUGAAAUGGAGGAAAGGCGACCAGCGGAGCAGACAAAAGCUGGGCCUAGACCCUUGUCGAAUGAUGUGCCAAGAUGUUAACGUUCAGAGGAAGGGAUUCACUUUAAUGGGCGACGUCGGGCAGGGAAAACACAUCGACAAACUAAAAGCGUGCGAGAGCGCUGCGGCAAACGUCAAGAAAAUGAAAAUGCUGAAAAGGAAGAAGAUACUCAAUCAAAUCCUGAGCAACUCAACGGUGGUGCGCAAGUGCCGGGGCCGCGACAGUCUGCACCGUAAGGCGAGCACAGCGUCGACAGCCGACGGGUCGGACGACCAGGGUUUCCAAAUCAACGUGAGCAAGAGGGGCACCAUCUACAUCGGCAAGAAGCGCGGCAGGAAGCCCAAGGUGGAUGGGCGCUCCUCGUCCACGUGCGACUCCAUUCCCGCGUGCGACGUCUCUCCCCAUCGUCCCCUGGGGCCUUCCGACCCCACGAUGCCGCUCUGCUCUCAGUACUCGCUGGCGCAGAGGCGACCGAUCGCCACCAAAGCGAUGCUGAAACAGGGCGCCUGCCCAUCGGGGCCUGCGGGUUCCACUGCCCGCUCCACGCCGCCGCUGCUCCCGCAGUGCGGUGGCGCGGCGUUCCUCUCUUCGGCGGAGGCGCAUAGCGACGGAGCCCCCAGCCCCAGCGACAGUGGAAUCGUCGUCGACAACCUGAGCGGCUCGGAGCGAGCGGACAGCUGCGCGCUGCGCUACGGCAGGAGGCCGUCCUUCGGAAGUUCGGCGGCGUCGCCGGUGCGCGUGCGGCGCUCGCGCUGCGACGACCGUGCCCUGGAGGGGCCGCGCGAGAAGCAGAGGCUGCGCAAGAAGCAGCAGCGGCUGGCGUACGCGAAGAAAAGCUGCGGCGGCGGAGGAGAUCGGAGCGUGGGAUUUGUCACGGACAUGGACGAGGUGAUCGCGAUGCUGGAGGAGUGCUGCAUCGACCAGAAGAAGCUGCGAUGCCAGUCCGGGGAGCUGCUGCCCAGCAUUUUCCGAGUGAACUUCAGCACCGAAUGCAGUCGGCUGCCCUUUGAGUGCAGGGCCCUACACGGUGUACAGGACGCGGACAUUGUGAAGGCCAAAGGGACCACCCGCAGAAGGGUUUCCCAGGUUCCCAGCUUCGCGGACAGACAAGCCGCUGCGGCCUACCUGCCCAGCACGGCCGGGUACCUCCUGGACAGCAGCUACUACGCCACGUACGGAAUGCACUACGUGCCCUCCUUCCUCCCGGCGAGCACCCUGAACUGCUGCUACUACAGCCAGUACCCGCUGCAGUCCUACCAGGCCUGGUCCAUGCUGCACCUGCCCAUGUGCUACACGAGCGGACGCACGGAGGCGGGGGGCGGUGGCGCUGCCGACGUCCGACCGUCGGCCAUCGCCAGGGCCCGCUGCUCACUGGGGUCCCCGCCCUCGCCCAUCGGCGCCCCAGCCUGGACAAUGACGGCGGCGAACGCGCGUAGCAAGGCCCGGGGCAAGGCUGAAGACUUGCGGCACGCGCGCUCUGUUGCCGCUGCCGCCGCCGCCGCGGAUAGCGACGACUCGGAUGGUUGCUCGUGCGUGGACGGCGGGCGGGCUGGGUCCUGUUCCGACAAGGAGGGCCUCUCAUACCGUGACGAGCUGCAGCACCGGCAAGCCGAGGUCGCGUCAAAUGGGCCGCGGAGGCCCCGGGACACCGGACGCUUUUCCUCCGCCGCCGCAGCAGCCAAGAUGCCUGAAUCAACGACGCAGAGACACGGAGAGACUCGCGGGGGAGCGGCGGUGUCGGCUACGGCGCAGAGGCACCGGAACCUGUUUGCGAGCGCCCUGUGGUGUAGCGCUCCUCCCGAAGGCCACGGAUUCCGGUUCGUGGCCGCGUCGGACUUCAGGGAGGGAGUAGCGACGGACGGAGCGAGGGAGAUCGGCGAUGGCUUGUCGCCAGCGCACAACAAAGCCGGCUCGGACCACGUGGGCUCCGCCAGGGCUAACAGCCGCCACGGCUCUCGGGGCUGGCGUGGCCGAGCCGCCCGGAGCCGGCGUCGUCACCGCGAGGCCCCGUCCCCACGGAGACGGAGCCGAAGGCGCGCCCAGCGCCGCUCCGGCGCCGCCGGGCCCAUCUCGGCGAGCGCCGGCUCCGAGGCGACGCCCGACAAGAACGCCGCCGCCGCCGCCGACGCCGCCGCCGCCGCCGCGGGGGAAGAGUUUGAGCAGGGCGCGUCACGGGAACCCGGCAGAGUCGGCGGCGGCGGCGGCGGCGGCGGAAGGAGCGAGCGAUCGAGGAGCAGGCGGAGCAGUAGGGCGGAACCGCGCGACGAAACGGUCCUGGGGGGCAGCCCCGGCGGCUGCGGCGGCUGCGCUGAGCGACCCGAAGCUUCGUCCAGGCGGCCGCUCGUCGGCGCGGGGAGGGAGGCGCCCAAAAGGAGGAGCCACGUGGAGGUGCGCCGGGAAGAGGGCGGCGACGGCGGCCGUGCGGCCGAGGACGAGGAGAGCGGGGCAGAGAAGACGAGCAGCGGCGGAGACGGCGGCGGCGGCGGCGGGAAACCGGAGAGCCGGUCGAGCAGCGGCGCCGGGGAGGCCGGCGGCGGGGCCGGCUGCGGCGGCGCGGGCGGUGGGGCCGGCGGCGGCGUCGGCGGGGGCACCGGGGGGAGCCCCGGCGGAGGGGGCGGCGAAGGGGGGCGCAGGAGGGGGUACCCCGGCGGGGGCCGCAGCUCGCGCAGCUCGGGGCGGAGGGGCCGGAGGGGGAAGAGGAAGUCCGCCGGCGGUGCCCACGGCAGAAUGAGCCCUGGCUCACACGACGAUCUGGAUGACAAAUGUGGAGAUACUGCGGAGGCCUCUGGGAGUUCCCAGAAUGCAUCAGCAGAGGGCAGCACCAGCAAUGCGACAGGAAGCCUGGAGGGGAAUCGGAGAGCACUGAAGCGAAAGCCGCCAAAACCCCUGAAAACUCAGAUCAGGCCUAGUCCUGAAGAGAGACUUCGGAAACAGAGGCCGCAACGGAGACCCAAACCCAUCGCCUGCUCCUUCCGGCUCAAGCCUCUCACCGAGAAGGAGAGGAUCUUCCUGCAGAGCAACCGCGUGUUCCUGCUGAGGAACCGGCGCCGGGCGUUCGGGCAGUGGGCAGCCCACAAGGCGAGCUCGGACCCGGCCCCCCGGGGGGGCGACGCUUCCGCAACGGCGGCGCCGCAGCUGGCGGCGGUGACGACGGCGGCGGAGGCGGCGGCGGCGGUGGCGGCGGCCGCGGCAGCCGCGGCGAACGCGUCGGUGGGAGGGGGGUCGAUGCGGCUCAAGGAGCGACGGGCGGCGCGGAGCCGACGCGCCACGCGGGGAACGGAGGACGACAUCAUCCGCUGCAUCUGCGGCAUCUUCCGCGAGGAGGGGCUCAUGAUCCAGUGCGAGAAGUGCGAGGUAUGGCAGCACAGCGACUGCAUGCGCGUGGCUGGGGACGUGGAGCGGUAUCUGUGCGAGGAGUGCGAUCCUCGAUCCAUCGACAGGGAGGUGCCCAUGGUUCCUCAGCCACCGUUCGCUGAGCCAGGCAGAACUUACUUCAUGUGUCUGGAGCUCGACGAACUGCUCAUCAAAGUGGGCGACUGCACGUAUGCGUCCCGGGAGCUCCCUCCUCGGCGGUUCCCCCCUCGCCGUGCGGGGCAGUCGCCCUCCGACCCUAAAUCCCUGGACAUCAUGCGCAUUGAGAAGCUGUGGAAGGACGACAGCGGAGAGCGCUUCGCCUAUGGGUACCACUACCUGCGCCCGGAGCAGACGCACCACACGCCGUCGCGUCGCUUCUUCCCCAACGAGCUGUUCCGCGUGCCGGUGUACGAGACGAUGCCGCUGCACGCCGUGGAGGCGCAUUGCUGGGUGCUCGACCAGUCCACGUACUGCAAGGGACGUCCCGCGGGUGCGCAGGAGAAGGACGUGUACAUCUGCGACUUCCGCCUGGACAGGUCGGCGCACCUCUUCUUCAAGAUUCAGCGCAACCCGUACCCCGUGUGCACGCAGCCGCACGCCUUCCAGGUCUUCCAGCAGCGUCUGCAGCCCAAGCGAAACUACACGCCCCACGAGGUACCAGAUUGUUACAAGCGCAACGGAGGAAGAUUGCUUCCAAGGUCGACGUGGAAAAACGACAAGUACAGGCGCGGCAGCGUGGACAGGCAGCACACCUUCCGACGGGCAGAAGAGAGUUCGCACGUGGCUGCCAAGGACCCGGCCCAGGGUCCUGCGGUUGUCGGGCUAGACGAGGGCCGUGACGGCGAGGUGGUGGCGGCGACGGCGACGACGGAAGAGGCCUUGCAGCCUCUGCGCGAGGAGGCGAAGGAGGAGGCGAAGGAGGAGGAGGGGGCGACGGAGGCUCGCGAACUGGAUGGCGGGGGGCAGUCUGGGGAAGAGAUGGAUCGCAGCGGGACCGAGCGGUUGGAUUCCCUGCUGCUGAGGCUGCUGGACAAGCUUCCCGCACGCAGCGCAAUCAACGCCUCCUACCUUUUGGGAGAAGGCAGCGGGAAAAAGCUACGCAAACGGCCAAAGGUCUCGGAGUGAUGCGAAUGUAGAAACGCGAGGGGGGGGGGGUGGGGGUGGGGAGAGUGCGGCGGCAGAGGAACGCAGCCGCGUGAGUGCCUUGAUUGGUGGAACCGUGGCUCCUACCGCGGCGCUGAGACCACCGACGCCCGGGGCUCCUGCAGCCAAGAACGUCGCUGGAGGGCGGAGGGGGAAGGCUA